CAAGCAACUUCUGUGGGCAUGAUAGAAAAAGCACAUAUGUCAAUGUGAAAUUCAAACCCACAAAUGUCACACUGAGAGUCAAUGAGACCAAAGUCUGUAAAAAUUCAUCAAUAUCAUUUACCUGUAAGGCUAAAGCAAACCCUGAAGUUCACAGCUACCAACUGCAUGUGAAUGGUGUAAAUAGUACUGAUGAAAAUUCAAAUGGAUCCUGGACCAAGACAAUGUCUCAUGAAGGGAAAUACAGAUACAGCUGUGUAGCUAAUAAUUCUGUUGGACACGAAGAGAGCAGUACUGUCAUUGUUACUGUUAUUGCUCCAGUGACAAUAGCAGACAUGAAAAAGCAUCAUUCUGUUAUAGAGGGCAGAAAUUUGACUCUUGAAUGUGUUGUGGCUGGGUCCUCUCCAAAUGUCACUUGGACACACAUAAACAGCAGUAAAAUAAAGAAAGGGAAAACUUGGAAUAUCACGAAAAUCACCAUACAAGAACAUGGAGGUUACAUUUGUGAAGCAAGCAACUUCUGUGGACUUGAUAGAAAAGGCACAUAUGUUGAUGUGGAAUGUAAUUUAAACACAGAAUUUACUUUCAUGAUAAGAGAAAAAAAUUCGAAACUCACUGCGAAAUUAAAUGACGACAACAGUAAGGAAUUCCGGAACAAAGAUGAGGAAUUUAAAAACAAGAUCAAGAAAGUGAUUCCAGAAUGUCAUAAACAUGUAGUUCACAAAAUUGAAUUAAGGCCGGGAAGUAUAAUUAUAUACUUCCGUCUCUCAUUCGAGAAUCCUAUGGGGCAAGAGGCAUUAACAUCGAUGCUUCAGGAAGCUGUCAGAAAGGGGCAAUUAGGCGAAGUUGAUUCAAUUGAAGUUGCAGAGAAUAUCCCCGGGUCACAAGAAAUUCAUGACUUUGAUUACAGACUGUUUAAUGGCGGGUGA